AUGGAGGGUUUUACUAAAAAGCAGUUCCCGCAGUCCACCUGCUGUUUGGCGGGCAGCCAGUCCCGCCACCGAAACCAGAUCCCUGCCAGGGAUCCUUUCGCAUCUACAUCACCCAAGGGUGUUUUAUUACACCUGCCGCUACUCCCCCACCCUUCCCGACUGGUGGACUUCACCCCCUCCACUGAAGCGAAAGCCAAAUUCCUCUCCCAGGAUCAAAUAAAUGAGUUCAAGGAAUGUUUUUCCCUCUACGAUAAGAAGCGCAAAGGCAAGAUCAAGGCAAGCGACCUCAUCACCGUCAUGCGUUGCUUGGGGGCCAGCCCAACCCCAGGCGAGGUGGCCAAACACCUUCAGGCGCAGAAAGUGGGCAACAACGCAGAGCUGGAUUUCUCCACUUUCCUGUCCAUCAUGCACAAGCAAACGCAGCAGGAGGACCCCGAGAAUGAAAUCCUGCUCGCCAUGCUGAUGACGGACGAGCAGAAGACCGGCUUCAUCACCGUGGCGGAGCUGAAGGCCAAGCUGACCGGCCUGGGAGAAAAGCUGUCCGGGGAAGAGGUGAACAACCUUCUGAAGGAAGCCAAGGUCGGACACAACGGGCUCGUCAAGUACGAAGACCUGGUCAAGUCCGUCACCUCUCCUGUCACGGUGGACCACUGAG